AACGUCCCCACACCAUAGUCAAGAUGCAAAAAUUGCUAGACAAAUCUACAAGUUUUGCCUGUUUUGCAUGACAAACUUGAACUCGUAGUGCAGUGCUGUUUGAGCUAGCUCAGCAGCAUCACAGCUCUAGCCUAUUAUGCUGAUUAGAGCAUUACAAAUUCCAAAACACGACUAGAAAACGCUUCUCAUGGGGAUCCACAUGGCAAACAUUUUGAGCAUGCAGAUCUGCAUGACAGCUAUGGCGUGGGUACGUUCUUACUUAGGAUACUACGCGUCUGGUGGGAUCUACAUCGCGGGCGAGAACUAUGAGAGUGCACAACUCCCCCUCCCCCUCAUUUGUCAUGCAAAAUACCUAAUUUACGCCUUGGCUCUUGGCACUGUUUGCUUGACAAGUUCUGGUAGCCCAAAUAGCACUACAAUGCUGUCCAAAUUUGUCAUGCGAAACCUGUAUUCUUGCUGGCGCUUGUAUUGCUGUUCAUGCAGCAAUACAAAUGAGGGAGAGGGGGAGUUGUGCACUUCUAUAAGAACGGGAACGAUCUGUUCCCGAAUGCUGGAAAUGGGGACGAGGGUGCUUCGGAAGUAGAACCACCGCCACCGCAAGACCCGGCCGACGCCCUAUUUGACGAUCCGGACGAGAAGGCGUUCGGCGUCAGCAAACCGUUGACUUUGGAUCGCGACCCGACAGCGCCGAAGGCGGAUCCGCCGGGGGAGCCGUGUACGUUCGAAAAUAGGUGCAAUGCGGCGAAGGAGGCGUGAAGACAUGAUGGAGUCAAAUCUUGUUCUCACGAAAAGGAACGAAAGCAGUAGAGCGGUCCGUAGGACUAAGAGAAAGCAUCUCAAUAAAGCAGAAGAUGAUCUUCAUUGCUCACGGCAACCUUGCAUGGAUAGGUGCGCAAAUCAAUGAAAA